AGAAAGUAGGUUCCAUUGAUCAUCAUGUGCGUCUUUGAACCCGAAGCUCUUUAAGUACAUGACGAGCUAGCGCUCCAAUUCGAACAAACACUGAAAAACAAAAGACAAAAACAGAAAAAAUAUGUUGUCUUUAUUCUCUGUUGUUUUUACUUUUCUAGCUCUUUUUCUCAUCCCUGGUCUCUUCAUCUCUCGGCGACUAAAUGUUCCUUUGUCGUUGACAAAUAUCCUCAGAUUCAUCAAAAUCAUAGCUUCUAAAUACGAUGAUGAGGAAGAAAGGAACGAGAAACGUGGUACAAUGGGAGAGAAACAGAAACGAGGGAGAAAUAUAAUGCCAAAGCAUGUGGCGGUUAUAUUGGACGGAAACAGACGUUGGGCUGAAAAACGAGGACUCGGGACAUCGGAAGGCCACGAGGCCGGAGCGAGAAGGCUCAUGGAGAAUGCUAAGGAUUGUUUCGCUAUGGGGACAAACACUAUCUCACUCUUUGCUUUCUCCACCGAAAAUUGGGAAAGACCAGAGGAUGAAGUUAAGUGCUUGAUGGCCUUGUUUGAGAAAUACUUAGCGUCUGAUAUGCCUUACCUCCGAAGUGAUAAGAUCAAGAUCUCGGUUAUCGGGAACCGUACAAAACUCCCCGAGUCGCUUCUAGGUUUGAUAGAAGAGGUAGAGGAAGCUACAAAGAGUUACGAAGGGAAGAAUCUCAUUAUAGCAAUAGACUAUAGUGGAAGAUAUGAUAUCUUACAAGCAUGCAAAAGUCUUGCAAAUAAAGUGAAAGACGGGCUGAUUCAAGUGGAGGACAUUAACGAGAAGGCGAUGGAGAAAGAGUUGUUGACAAAGUGUAGCGAAUUCCCAAACCCUGACCUGUUGAUCAGAACAAGCGGAGAGCAAAGGAUCAGUAACUUCUUUUUAUGGCAAUCUGCUUACACUGAGCUUUACUUUCCAACUGUUUUGUGGCCUGAUUUUGGCGAAGCUGAGUAUCUUGAGGCCUUGACUUGGUAUCAGCAAAGGCAGAGGCGAUUCGGUCGACGAGUUUAAAACUUAGAAUUUGCAUGUCUCAUAGUUGAUGCAAUAGUACGUAGUGAUACGGUUGUUUAAUUUCAUGAGACCUAAAUUGUUGUCUUUGUUUUAAAAAUGCUAUUUAUUUACUUUCAAUAAAUUCACUAUAGA